CGAUAGCAACAAAUGCGGUUGGCAACCAGUCAGUCUUUCCGCAGUAGGCUGAUGACCGACCAAAAGUGGCAUUCUUUGAUACACUUGGGUACCUAGAUGCCCUAGCUGGCCAUUUUCGUCUGUAAGAAAUGAAUUUUACCGAAAGAAGCGCAAGUGGAAGUGGCGAAAUGGAACAGGUUAUCGAAAUCGAACACGAGACGACAGCGCGCUUCUCGUGGAGUCAAUUAUAGCAGUCAUGUUAAACGGUUUUGCUAAACACAGGCCUCUCAGUACACUCGAGUAUGAACAGCAGUUAGAUUAUCUGUGUCAGUGGAUGGAGAAAUGGAGCGAUCAAGUGGUGAGAUAAGCGUAAUUUAACGUGUAGAGUGAAACUUGUCGAUCGUGAUCGAACAAGUCGCUGUCUAUUAGUUAUGAAUGCAUACGGAAAAUGAUGCAUUUGUUUACUCAAUAUCAUGCCGUUAUUCACUUUUGCGUUUGCUUUAAUGCUUUGUAUUUAAGCAGCUUUUUUCGUCUGAAGAGAGUGCUUCAUACUUCAUAUUGUAAUUUUGCUCGAUUUAAAAUGUGGUCUGAGUCAUCGUAACCGUUCUUUUUUGGCAGAAUGGAAGGUAAUUAGAGAUGUUAGUCUAAUCGUUGAUGCAAUGGUGUUAAAUUGGUGUUACUCGCAUGGUGCGAUCGGGAAUAAGUUUUACCUCGGGAGGGCGUUUGUUUUUCUUUUUAUCCUGGCCUUGUACAAUGUUGUCGGAAACAGUAGCACGCUUUCCUACUAGAUACCGGCAAUUUUAACAUUUGUGCUAAUUUUUCGCAUGGAACUUACUCUUGAGGUCUCUUUCUAAUUCCUAAUUUGUUUAUCUUUUCUAUAAUUAAAAUUCUCUCGCGUUACUCAGUUUCAGCUUAUUUUCAAGUAUGCCGAGUAUAGCCCAUUUCCUCUAAUUAAAUAUUGUUGCUGUACAGUGCUGCUAGGUUUCCUCAAGACAAAAUUUUAGAAUUGGAAAAAUACUACGUUAAUUAAUUUUUCCUCCAACAUUAAAAUUUCAAAGAGGGGAUUAUAAGGAUAAUCUGAGAGACAAUAGUUCAGAAUGCACAGAAUGAUAGGUGUUAUUGUAAUUCUUCAUGUAGAACCAGAACCAUAUACCUGAAGGUUAUAUGCUUCUGUAUAGAGACAAUGAAUAGGCAAAUAAAAUACAAAACAAAAAUUUGAAAAGGACCAUGUAAGAUGUUUAAGAGUUAUCAAGUACCAGUAAAGCUGCCAACAAUGUCAACUACGGAUCAAAAACAUUGAUCUCAUACCAGCUUAUGCCUUACCUGAACAGUUUCUAGUGCCUAACGAAAAAGAUUAGUGCUUCAAGCAACUCUCAUUUUUCUAGAAAUGCACCUGAGGAAAAGAUUACAGAAUCCUGAACCAGUUAGAGAAUAGAGAUGACAUAGCAAAUAAUUAUAAUUUCCCCCAAAACUUCAAUUUUAGAGUGAUGAGCAAUGGCAAAGAGCAUGUUCUAUAUCAGUAGAUAAACAUGGCUGUUUUUAUCUGCAAUAAUAAUAUUGGUAAAAUGUGAAAUGAAACACAAAAAAGCAUUCUAUUCGUACUUAUAAACUUAAGGUAGCUAUCAUACCCCUGAACAAAUUACAAAAUAAUAAAACCCUUGUCUCUAUCAAGUGUAAUUUCAUCUCUUCUUUAUUAAAAUGCCUCAUGAAAUUUGUUGAAAAACAAUAAGAUCUGUGUGAUACUCAGAAGACUGUAAAUGUAUGGUGUGUUGCUCUAAUGGGAUUGAAUCAAGGAAAAUAAGCUAAUCAGACAUGAAAUAUCAUAUGGUGCAACACUAAUCAAGUUUUGGUUUUGUGGUUUACUUAAUACAUGUCCUGAUCUUUCAUGUGAUUGGUCAAAACACAAACAUUGCAGACAAAUUUAGGGUGUUCAUGGUUUUCUCAGUUUGACAGUAGAAAGAGAGAGAAAAUAUUCUAAUAACUUAAUUUACCUUCUUAAACUUUGUUGCAGAGACGCAGUGUGAUUGAUCUCCUUCUUCCACGCUGUGAUCAAGAACAAAUCACGUUCCUUUGGACAGUAAGAUAAUAAUUGAAAUUUUAUAAUUCAAUUCUGUACUAAAUAUAGCAUUUAAAAUGGUUGAAAGAUUAACAUAUUGAAGAAAAAAAAUGAACAAUGAGACAAAUAUUGUACAGUUAUAUUGUGUGAAAUAUUUGAAUUUGAUUAUCAGAUAAAGAAUUGUUUCAAGUUAGGACAACCAAAUUAUUUAUUAUAUUUCUUUUUUCAUUGUAAGGUGGUUGAGCCAACAUUACACAGAGACUUUAUGUACAGUUCACUGAAUGCAUUUCCAAGAAGUUCAUUCAGCCCUGUGUCAACACCACUGUGUAGAGAAGUUCAUAAAAAACUUGGGAAGCCAAGAUACAGAGUAUGCUGUUGUUGUUUUUUUUUCUUUUGCAUCUCAUCUCUUCUAUUAGUUACAUAUUGAUCUGAGAUUUAACCAUCUACAUGCAAGCAAAAAAAAUUUACAGAUGUACCUAUUCCGACUCCUUAAGUGAAUCAAAGUUUUAAGAUUAUCUCCCAAUCUCAAUCCAAGGUCUGGAAUGUCUUGCUUUUACUACCCUCUGGGUGAAAAUUAAAUUAUUCCAAAUAAACAAAACAGAAAAAAAAAAUGAAUAUAAACUAACAAGUUGAAUUUGUUUUUUUCUUUUUCUCUUUUUAUUACAAGGAUUUGGUCAGAUAAUUCUUUUGUCCAAUUUUGACCGUAAACUUUUAAAGCUUUCAUUUCAUCAAUUUCAAUGUUGAUCAAUUGAAAAUCAUUUCACUUGCCUCAUGACAUAUACUUAGAGGUUUGUUAAAGAGUAUUGAACGAGUAAUUGUAAUAAGGAAUUAUUUUUUAAGAUUUCAGGGUUUUUUUUUUAACGAAAUGUUACUGCUCAAGUCGUUAGCUUAAAAAUAGGUUUCAAGUUCUUCUGACUCAAACUGAAAGUUUUAAAGAGGAUCUCAAACAUUCAUUUAAUUUUUUCCACUCGCACAAUUCCUCUUUAUUUACUUAGGCAUGGAAGCUUCACCGGGUGGAGAGUGCCAUCCUUCACGAUGAAGUAAGAGACACUUUGCGUAACUUCAUUUUAAAGAAAAAUGCAGUCAGAAGCAGUAUGAAAAUAUCGUAAUAUCAAUAGCUUGUUGAGGUCAUUUAAAACUUAAACAAAGGGGAUUUUUAUACUUACAGGUGUAUGAAACAAGAAACUGACCUUAUGAACGGUUAAUUUCUUAGCCGAAGCUAUCGGAUGUCUUUCAAUUAAACACGAAAGAAUCGAAUUUCCAGGAACUUUCAUUCAGUUGUUUUUUUUCGUUGUUGUUGUUUAGUUAACGACGGACUCGUGCUCAAUGGCCCUCAGCUGUCAAUGUACGGCAUGUACAGUACCUUCUGGUGUCUCUUUCGGAAGGGAAUUAUGGGAAAUGUCUGGAAAAAAAUGGCGGCUAGAACUCUCCCCCUUAAAUUAAUUCAAGUAGUUUGUGAUCACUUCACAGUUGUGAACCGUACCAUACAUUUGUUUUUGUUUUCGUUUUUUUGUUUUUCUUUCUCUCCAUCAUAAACCUUUGUUCUCAUCUUCACAAACAGAUGAACAUGUACAUUGAUAUAAAUUGCAUCGUACCUGGUAGCACCAAAGGACUGCUGACCCUCGUAUAAGUUUAGAAAAUAUUUCACCUCUUCUUCUCGCCUAAUGUUUUGCACAUCGUUUCAGUAAUUUUUGCUACUGUUCAAUCUCAUAGGAAGAGGUGAAAGCCUGGACAUCAACUGCUGUUUUACCAAUUGUGAAGAGUCCUUCCCUUGCGUCACCAUCGCGACAAACGAAGAGAACACCGUGAGUAAAUACUUCAAACAAUCAAUAAAAAUGCCUCCGGUAGGAAACGUUAAUUUAUCACUGUUGUUUUACGGUAACAAUCUAAAUGAAAAUUUGUUUUCGUGUCUGUCCCCUGCGACCAUUGGCUAGGUGUUCCUGAAUCCAGCGAAGGGCCUCACCUUUAUCAAAAACUGUCAGGAACAUUUCAUCUUUAAUACAGUCGCUAGAAGCAAAGCUUCGGCGAGAUAUGAAGGAAAGGUCUAGACGGGAAUCGUUCAUCUUUCUGGGAAUAACACCACAGAAUAAAGUUGAGGCUCCUCAAUAGGUUUUUCGGCAUAUUUGAAGGCCGGGAUCUGGGAAUUUCGAGUAAGAAGGGAGUGAGAUGCGGGAUUGGUAUCAUGGACGGAACAUGGGAAUCGGCGAUUUUAAAGAGCGGGAUUCGGGAAAUAAUCACUUAAACGAAGCGAGAACCGGGAUGUCCGUUGACGAGAAUUUAUGAAGAAAUUGAUCUUCUCGGUCCAUAAAAAGCACCAGGCGAACAGGCUCUCUAGCAUUUAAGAGGCGGUCGAGCUGGUAAGCGACACUCUUCUGUUGAAAAUUCUAUCAGAAGCGAUGUUGCCAAUUUACCAAAAAUCCUUAAUGGCCCACAGGAUAACGUGGCAUCUAAGGCUGCUGCGUCCUUGAAAACCUCCAGCAAGUCUCAGUUUGGUAUCGAAAAGCUAAAUAUGUAAUCAGUAUUAUGUAACAUUGAGAAAACGAGCAGAAAAAGUUAUUGCUCCAAUCAACAGUAUUGGCCCUAUGGCCAUUGUGAAUGUUCUCUCAAAUUCCCUUAAAAAGGUUGCCUACAUGUAAUGCAUUUUAUCUCUUUGUUAAGCAGUUCCCCUGAGAGAGUAGAGUCCAGAGGUUCAUGGAAAUCGAAAACAACCUAUUUUGGAGUUAAAUUACCAGGAAUUUCAAGUGUUGGAGGUCAAAAGCGAUCUCUAUCAAGAUUUACAGGAAGUCGCUCAGCACCACCUUGUGGGGCUACCAAAACUUCUUCCCAACAUGCUGUGCGACGCCACAUGCAGAAUGAGUACAAGAAGGAUGUAAUCAACAAUGCUGCAAUGGAUAGUGGGAGAAAGGCUGACGACGUUACGUCGUGGUAGGUGGAGUAAGGUUUUUCCAUUACGAUCAAGCAAAAUCAAUUGGUGGUCGUAUUUCUUUUUCAAUAUACGUACAUGUAAGUAGGGUUAGCAAUUGAGCUAGCAUUUCCCAAGAGAUACACGUAUGUUUACCCCACUAUUUCGGAAAUUGCCGUGCGCAUCGCUCGCCUAACUUUCGGCAUACAUGGUGUAUUUCUAUUCUGAUUUUUGUCGGCAUCCAAGACAGGAUAUGUUCUCCCGCCUGUAUGCAUGAGUUAGUAAAUUAGUAUCUCCUUUGAAACGCGAUCAACCGGUGUAUGCCUUUUAUUAUGAAUGUAAAUUGACCUCUCUGUGUCAGAUUGAUCCUCAGUCUAGCAGUGUGCAAUGUCUGACGAAAGAAAACUCGACCCCUCCUUUAUCUUUCUUUACAUGUAGCUAUACAAACAAAGAGUUGGCAAAGUGUAUUGUUUCCUAAUGGUUAAAUGAAAGUGCACUCUAGAGCACGAUUUACAGUUGUUAUUAAACAUCACUGACCGUUACAUACGCUGUACACGGUUAGACUCUAAUUUUAUUUUCAACCUUCUCAGGCAAAGAUUGUAUAAAUCGAAGUCUUGCCCCAAUGUGUCUCACACGGCAAAAUCUGUGGUCGGUCAGCAGAGGCAUGUGCUGCAUGUAAGUAAAAUUUUAUCUCAUUACCAGACUGUACAGGAAGUGAUUAGACAAGUAGGCAAGAGUUGAACCGGCGCGUACAUGGAGACAAAGCGGCCAGUUUUAUUCUGUUAUGUUCCAAGAAGAGAUUGUGUACUCCUACAUAAGUUCUUUCGACCCAGGAUGAAAUGGUUGGCAGAGAAAGGUUAGGAAAGCUGACCUGGGAACUGAAAUUCCUUGAGUUGCAAACCUUUCCCAAGUGCAAAAUAAUCUUCAUUGAUUCGACUUGUGGAUUCCUUGCUUUGUUUUCCUCUCACUCAGGAGCAUGCUCCUGUCUCACUAUCACGUUUUUAUUUUCGUUCUUUCUCAGCACCGUACCAAAACUGAACAAGGUCCAAACUCAGCGUGGAAUUUGAUUUCAUUACCAGAGAAUGCUCAGUGUCUUGUUCAGUGGUUUGAGCAACAGUGGAGCGGUAAGGCCACGCUACAGUCAGUUGAACUUAAAACAGUUUGAUUACCUGUAGGCAGACGUAAACAGAGAAAGAUGGUGGAGUCAGGGACAAGGACGAGGAAAGAGAGCGGAAAAAGGGAAUUCCUUUCCCCCCUCCCUCCUCUUUCCUUUCCCCCCUCCCUCCCUCUUUCCUUCCCCCCCUCCCUCCCUCUUUCCUUUCCCCCCUCCCUCCCUCUUUCCUUUCCCCCCUCCCUCCCUCUUUCCUUUCCCCCCCUCCCUCCCUCUUUCCUUUCCCUAUUCCUUCUUUUUCUCCCCUCUACUCUGCCAUUGAGCCAUUAUGGAUGGCAAUUAUGGAUGGCUGGUCAACAGUAAACACCACUUAAUGUGUAUUUCACCUCUCUUUAACUGUAGGUUGGCAAAAGAAUGAAUUUCUUCAGCUGUUCCUGAGGGUUCUUGCGCCUAGCGAACUUUACUUUCUUUCCGGACUUCUCGCUGUAAGUUAAUUUAGCUUUGUGUGCGACUUGUGCACUACACAAAAUAUGUCUUGAAAUCGUAAUUUUUGAUUAUCAACGGUUUGUUAGGUACACAAUAAAUAAACAUUUCACUCGCAAUAGAGUGGCAAAUUAAAGUUAAAUAGAGAGGCAAAUUAAAGUUAAAUUUUGUCGUAACCGAAUUGUGGCAACAAGCUUCAGUUAUCUACCUCUCUCUCUCUACGUGAUAUGAAUUUAAAGUAUUUUUCUUUCUUUCAGGUUAAACAGUAUCGAGAUUUUAUAGCCAUGCUCCCAGAGCAGUUAGCUAUUCGCAUUUUUUCUUUUCUUGUUCCAAAGGAACUUCUAGUUGUUUGUCAGGUAAGAGCUGAGUUAGCAUACCUGUCGUUGUACCCCAAUUUUUUUUUUGUUCAUGAUGGUGUUAUUUUUAUCGUUUUCAUCAACCCCGACUCUCUAAAAUCACUUUUCUAGAAUGGUGAUUAAGUCGUGCAUAAAUGUAGACAUCAGGAAAAAUAAAAUAGGUCCCUAAUGUUAAAUUCAUUACAGGCAGCAUAUAGUUAUAGUAUUGAUAAUAGCUUUGCAUUCUUUGUAAUACACUAAAAAAUAUUUCCAUUUUGAAUGAAGGUGAGUAAAACCUGGCGUCGUCUUGCGUCUAAAGAUGAGCUCUGGAAAGCAAAAUGUCAAGAAACUUAUGUUGGUGAGUGCAAAAUCUUCUUUCAACUGAGCUCACUGAUGUGGUAAUUGAAAAAUCUCUGAAGUUAAUUGAUUUUUAAACGUCAUUUUCCAUUCAAGGUGUGCCACUGAGUACUCCAGCUGUAUGGAAGGACAUCUUUAGAGAAAAUCUUAACCUGAAGCGAAACUGGGCAAAUGGCCGCUGCAAAGUGACUGACAUGAGUGGCCACACCCACAAGUAAGUGUUGGGUUUUUUUUCCAAGGUUUUUACCUCUUGGUGGCGAGUGGAUGGGUCGUACUAAGUGGAACAAAAGGCCGACUUUUACUACAUUCUAGAACAUUCGCGCAGUAUUUGAGAUUGUUUUCAUCUUUCAGCGUACUUUCCGUGUGUGCUUACAAGAACUACGUUGCGACCGGAAGUUUGGAUAGAACGAUAAAGUGAGAGAAUCACCAGUUUUUACUUUCUUGUGUACUUUUUCAACAUGUAUGUGUUCUCAGUGAUUGUGUUUCUCGUGAGCUUCUCACUCGUAAAUUUGUUUUGUUUUACGUUAAUAAGAAAGCUUUUCUAUGUUUGCUUUGUUUUAGUUAUUUGUUUUUUUCUACAGAAUCUGGGAUGCCAAAAGUGGUACAUUGCUUCUGACAUUCCAAGGACAUACGGUAAAAGAGUAAUUUUAUAUUUGUUGCGAGUCAUAAAAAAUGUUCAAUUGGGUUGGUUGCUGUUUAUUGUUUUUGCAUCUUUUUUCGUUACUAUCGUCUUUGUUGUGACUUUCACAGUUGUUGUUCCAUCUCUUUUCUUUUUUUUUCUUUAAUAAGGAUGGAGAACUUAAUCAUUAUCUUUGUUGACCUUGGUGCUUUGCCCAACUUAUUGUUAUAAAACCUUAUCGUUAUUAUUAUCAUAAAGCUUUUAUCAGGUUACCUGCCUGCACAAUACAGCCCAGAAGUAGUUUGUCAUGCUAUAGGCUGUUCUCGUUAGAUGAUAAAACCAUCACACCUUUUCAAUACCCUUAGUUUAUUUUCUCUUGAAAUUUGCUUUAAAGAAUCCUCGUAUACUGAAAGUAGUUUAUUUGUUAUUUUACCAUUGACAGCGUGGUAUUUGGAGUUUGCGGUUCUUGUCAAGUUCUAUUCUGAUAAGUGGAUCAUACGACAAAACUAUUCGGGUGAGUACUUUGAGUGAAAUGGGAAAGGAAUGAGAAGUAGUCCUGUACUCGAAACAAUGGACUCCGUCAUUAAGGCCCUUUAAAAGAAAGACAUUGAUUGUCUGGUUCUUUUGCUUUAUGGAAGGCGUCGUUCGGUAUCUGGAAGUUUCCCCCUCAGUAUGACGAGGUCGCCCCAUCAAAAAUAUUAAGUUCACCCCCACUUCAACCAAUUUGCCCUCAAAUCUUUCAACUCUUUUCCUUACGGCAAAGCCUACUUACGUUUCUUUUUUUUUUUCGAUCAACAAGAGGAGUUACUGCGAAACCAUGAUAAAAUUUUAUCAAUAUGGAAAUUCCUAGCCAUGUUUACCUACAUGCGACAGCACGAGAAACGCAAAUGCACUAUGUUACACUGGUCUUCAUGUAAUUAGCUUGACUCUACUUAUGCAUAUGUUCGCAUAAGAUUUAUAGAACUCGUUAUCUCUCCUUAAGUCCAGUUAACUUCAUUCAUGAAAGCACUCUUGACCAUUAGGUCAAGUUCAUCUUGAUCAAUCCCUCUCGAGCGACUUGUACGCCCAGAAGGCACGUUACUUGCCUGGCUUUAGUUACAAGCGUAAUGAUCAUCCUUAUAAAGUUUAAUCACUGUGGGAAACUUUUUUCUUUCACUGGGCGAACUUGCAGUGGGGCGAAACCGUCACAAACUCGUCGAUUCGGUGAAGCCGAAUGGAAACCAUUGUAUGCAUCAAGGACAGUGAACAACUCCCAUUUUCCUUGAACGUCAACGUGCUCUCAUGUUGUGAGAUUUUCUGUUUUAAGCCAAUUGUCUUCAAAAAUGUUUUUAUUGGGAAAUUCUCGCGGAGGGAUCACAUAUUUUUACAGGAAGUAAUUUAAAGUAAAAUAAGUGUAUUGUUAAUCCAUCCCUGAAAAUGAGAAUAUUCAGUCUACUGAACCUACAUAGCCAGUUAGUUAUUAUAAAAUUUGGAUGGCAGACCCAACCCGAAUGUCCUAGCAGUCGUGUGAUGUACCCCUUUUGUGCAUUUUCUUCAAGCCUGUGGAAAAGGACAGGCUCGUUGAAGUUCUUUUUUUCCUGUACUAAUAUAGGGAGGGGUAUGUAUUUAAUCGUUUUCUUGGUUUGCUUCGUUUUUAGCUCUGGAGCCUCCGAACAAAUAUGUGUGUAAGGUAAGAAACUACAACAACAGACUCACCCAUAAGUCAAGCUCAGAUUGCUCUUUCUUUUUCUUAGCGUGCGAAUGGGAAAUGAGAAGAAAACAAUUUUUAAAAAAGUGGAAAAAUGGCGAGUAUUAAUGUUUGGCUGUUGGAAUAUUACGACCCUUCUUUGAUCCACUGCCUCAGCUUAUAUGCUACCGUGAGGGAGGUCGGGAUAAACCCUAGAUUCUUUGUGAAAGGGUUGUGUUAGAGAUAACAGAUCAUUAUGUGUUGUAUUUUUCGUUGUAGAAUAUUGAUAAGUCAUGAUGGUCCCGUCUGGGCCAUCGAACGUAAGGGAGAUUUCCUUGUCAGUGGAUCAAGCGACAAAACGGUCAGUAAAUGAUCAGCUUCUCAGUAGCUAACUGAGUGUUUUUGUAAUGCAGACCUCAUUAUUAGUAUUGGUGAUUAACACGAUCAGGUCUUGUUCCAUCUUGAGGUUCAUAUACGCAAAUAAGAAAAAAAAUAACAGAAAUCAUAAUACAGCACAACACGUCAGGGCUCAAAUUUGCUUGAGAGUUCCCAGUGGUAAACAACACAUACCCUUGUCUCUUAAGUCGUUUCAGACCUGUUAGGGUUCUCCAUGAAGUACUCUUAGAAAUACAAAGUACGGUUACUUAUCAGUUUAACUUUUUGGUUAAUUUGUUGCAUUGCCGCUUUACCUGACCUAUGAAUGGACAUUAUUUCCUCAUUCAGGCCAAAAUCUGGAACAUUCGUCAGUGUAAACUCCUUUUCUCGUUGAUGGGUCACAAUGGUUGUGUUUUCUGUGUCGAUCUGGAUAAUGAAUGUAAAAAAGCGUUCACUGGCUCAGGAGACAGGGUAAGGUCCUUGCUCUAUGACUAAAGAUCUUCAUCUCCACGAAAUUUAAUUUUGCAAUGGAAAUAUUCAUAUCAAGAAUUUUUACAAACGUGUCUAUCCCAUCUCCUCCGCAUUCGUCUUUUUUACCAAGUUAUUUUCGUGAUAUUUUGAUAAUAACAGGUCUGCAGGUGGAGACUGCAUCUUGUCCACUAGCUCCCUGAACGCUAGCCUGGUAGCAUUUGAAAAUGCAACUCAAAGGAUCAAUGACUUAAAAUCAGUAUGCGCAUUCUCGAUACUGUUCUCUAUGCAUUUCCCAUAUUUGUCACACAUAGAAUUCGUACAGCGAUCUAUAUCUCUAGUUGACGGUCAUUUCCGUUUCUCUUUUAAAAUGUUAAAUUCAGUGGUAAUACCUUAGGGAGAAAUUAGACGCUAGCCAUUCUUAGUAUCUAAAGUGUUAAUCCCUGAAAUCAGGGAGAGAACUGUGCGUAAGGGUAGAACAACGGGGGUAAGACUCAGACUAUAGUUAAGGAUGGUGACGAUGAACGCGGAUAAGAAAUUAUGUACUAUCUCUUGACUAAGUUUUCCAAAAGGGGCAAACGAUGACGUAGCUCCCUAAACGUAGAUAAUGUAGCCAAAAGUCUUGAACUAAUGUCUAAUACAAUAGUCGAUGUGCUUUUUUUUGUAGACUGUACGAGUGUGGGAGGUGUCCACAGGUGGUUGUCUUUUGUCCUUCAACAUCGGACAACUGUCUGGCUCCACAGUGACUGCUGUGAGUUUUGAUCAGGUUAGUACUAACAUACGGUUUUGCAUAUGAUGCACGUUCGUUGAAUAAUCCGGGCUCCAAAAAUAUCUCUCCAACACAAUGUAUAAAAAAUAUAUAAUGAAUUCUCCUUGGAAAAUUCAACAUUUUGGCAUAAUGAUUGCCACUUUGUACAUCAUUUAACUCAAUCCACGCCUCUUCUGUGUAAUAUACUAAAACUAGAGAAAGGCGGAUAAUAAUUAGUGCCAAGGAAGUCAACUUAAUAAAGAAAAGAGUAAAAAAGGAUUCGUUUAUUUGAAUGUCCCCCACCCCCCCCCCUCCUCCCACACACUCGUUUAGCUGUAUAUAUGACUUCUUUACCCAUAUUGAAGGAUGGCUGCAACAACCUCCCAUCGAUAAUUCGAUAAAUUGUCGACAGUAAAUUUUAACUGCCAUUAAUUUGCAAUUUGUGUGCAGGGUCAUGUAGUGGUAGGGUCGGGACAGCUGGUGUCGCUAUGGAACCUUGAGACAGGUGCCUGUGUAAAUGAGUUCAAAGGACACAAAGGAAGGUACGUCAUGUAUGUUAUAUCGACAGCUAUCAAAAAGAUGCAUUUACAGAAUUUGAGACUAAUAUGUAUAAAGGUUGGACAGUGUAAGGAAACUGAAAUCUAUCUCACACUUUCAAACUUGGAUUAUUGCGAGCUUCCUUAGAUUUAGUCCCAUGUGACUCUCUUGUUUCACAGCCCACACACUUUUUUCCCCAAGGUGAUCAGCAGUCCUCACACUUCUUAAUGAUUUUUCAGGAUUGAAUCUAUUAAACUGAAGUUCAUAAUGGUGAAUGGGAAGAAAGAAGCGGGCCUCAUAGUCAGCGCUGGUAAAGACGGUCUGAUAAAGUACUGGGACAUUGAACAGUAAGUUUCAUAUAAGUGUGCCGAUAGCAACUCUACAGUUUUUGAAUUGACAAUCCACAUCGUUAUCUUCCUUAUUAAGAUUUUGCAUAAACAUAUUAAAAUUGGUAUUUGUAUUUUAAUGAAACUAAUGAAGACAUAAUUUGGCAAUCACGAAACUCAAAACUAACAUGCCAGACUGCUUUUUUAACAAAUGUAAAAUUGAUGGGUAACUUUAUUUAGUCAGGGUGGCCCAUUCAGGUACAUGGCUGUCUAACAGAGGAACCCUGGUUAUUGAUCAAAUGUUACCGAGGGACCCUGGUUAUUCAUCAAUUAAUCAAUGUGUUGUUCAUUGUGUAUUAAUACUCAUGUCAUGGAUGAUUGAUUGGUUGAUUGAUUAAUUGGUUGAUUGAUUGAUUGAUUAAUUGAUUGGUCGAUUGAUUGAUUGACGUAUUCAAUUAAUGACUUUCUGUUUGCCUGACUUACUGACAAAUAGAAUGGCGGACGGACCGUUGGACAGAGAGACGGACAGACUAGUCUUUAAAUGAAUCGCGCAAUUUAUUGAUUGCUUCUUUUUCUUGCUCAGGGGUUCCUGUAUUCAAACACUUAAAGGACACAAGGACAAUGUGAACUGCAUCCAUGUGGAUUCCACUAGGAUCAUCAGUGUUUCUUAUGAUCAAAGAGUGCGAGUCUGGGAUUUUAAUUCAUGACCUCAACAGCAAUCGUUGAAUAAAGAGACAAUAUAUUGUUCAAAAAUGCACUCGUUUUGAGUAUUUCUCUUUCAAAAAAUUGAUUACCUUAUUCUGUGUUACACUUCACUCUAACUUCUCAUUUCAGUCGUGUACUUUAAAGAAACCAGGCCAUCGCGAAAAGAGUCAAUAGUUAUAAAUAAAAUUCUUUAUAUAUUUAAUGCGAGAAAUUUAAGCUUUUAUUUGGUAAAGAUUUAUGAAGGAGAUAAUCAUCUAUUUCCACAUUGCAAGAGUGUUUUGGCAUUUUUGGUCAGAUUGGUAGUUUGGUAACUUGAAUCGCAUAUUUUAGCUGUAAAUAGUCUAUUUAAAUCCUGAGAAUGCUGUGUAUAGAUAUGUAUUAAUAAAGUG